AUGAUCUCUGGUCACAGCGUCGUCCUCACUUACAUUCUAUCGCGAACCGCAUAUCGAGUUAGCGAGGCACCUGUGCCUCUGCCAAUUCUGGACGUUACAAUACAUUCAUGGUACCGCAUAGUGGCGAGUGCGGUGGAGAUGUCGCUUCCCAAGAUGCGGAGCAUCGGCGGGGGUGGUAUAACGCUCGGCUACUCGUGUACAGGCGAGUACUCGUUCCCAUUGAUCAAAAUUUCGCCAUCGGCCGGCGAAGGUCUCCAGGGCUUCCUCACAGGCGGCGACCUGCUCGUCUACCACAUCCUUGCGCGGCUCGCUCGUGAUGUGCGAACGCGCAUCAUCCUCGACGAACCUGGCACCAUCCAGCCCUUCGCUGAAUAUGCGCAGUCGGUGCGCUGUCCGCCGAUCGUCAUCCCCGACUCCCAGGGCGAGUCCCAAGACAUAGAUAUCAGCGACGACGAACGGGAGACGCGGGAUGCAGCCGACAACCCGCCGUCGCCGCCGGACCUUCCCGGGAGCAUCUGCUGGCUUAAUUACUCCCCGUGGUCACCCACGGGCUCGUGGCGUGAGAUGCUGCUUUCCGUGGGACCCGGCCGGGGGAAGAAGGGGUUGGAGGGUCGGCCUUGCAGGACCGUCAUAGUCGCGACGCUGACUCCUGGGCACAAAGAACGUGAUUUUGCUACUCCAGCCGCAGCCGGGGCAGCCUCGCAGUCACAAAAGAGGAAGCGGCUCCUUGAGGACGACAGCCCGAGGAGCCAGGAAGAAUUCACGCUACGUCCAGGGGACGAGGGAUACGUGGAUCUGACCUGUGCCCAAGAUUCUUCUAAUCAACCCAGAACAUGCCCUGGCUGUCACGGCUGUUCGCAAUGCACCGACGACUCACCUUCGCAAUGCAGCAUCGCAAGUUCUUGA